UCGCUGGUCUGUUCUGCGCUGCAGAAAUUUCGGGAAAAGCCUUACAGUCGCCAAUUAAGGAUCGGGUCCAUCGCAACGGUUUUGACGGGACUCCGCGACUCCUCCUUCCUGAAAGGGGAAGUUGCUCGGCGGAAACGUGAUCCGAACGCAGCAGCGCGGCUGCACUAUGUAGGCUUCCACUGCCCUGCUGGCCCAGCUCGACUAGAGCCACGUGGGAUGGACGGCGACACAGUGCUCGUUUGGGCGGCGUUGCACCCGUUGGAGUGUUGGACGACCUGA